AUGUCAAGGGCUAUCGCAGAAAUGGCGGGUCCCAAAAUUGCCUGCAUUGGCGUGAUUGGGAAGGCAGAUAACCCUCUUCACAUUUCCCUGUUUCCCCCGUAUUCGGAUUCUACGAUCGAAUUCUCCUUCUUACUGAACUCCUGCCUCGACAUCUUCGACAUCCGCUGCAAACAAACAUCCAUUGAUCAGGAUCUAGGUCUACUACAUGCAAUUGACGAACGACUUGCGGCCUAUGGAUGGUUGACGACCACGGGAGUAAAACUAUUGAUCAUUGUGGAUUUUUUCGGUCAGGAAGAGGCCAGCGCUGGAAAACAAGCAGGCGCUGCGAUUAAUGGCUUGAGAGAUUCUGAUGUCAAGCCGGCAUUCCGCGCAUUACAGAGCGCAUAUAUCCAGCUUUUGCAGAAUCCAUUCUAUUCCCCCGACGAUCACGUCCCGAUUGCCGGGAAUACAGCUUCUUCUUUGUCAGCUUGCCAGCCAAUCUCUAACAAAAAGUUCGUCGCGGAUGUUAAACGUAUUGGGGAGUCGUGGGCUCCAGGUACUUCUCUGUAG